UGCUACUGUGACGGAUCUAUUCUUCUGUAGAAAACAGCGAUAACAGCCGGAAAAUCAUAUCUAACCCCAGAGACAGCUCAAAUUAAUUUCCCCUGAAUGAAGCAAAUUACGUUGAUGCCCGCCUGCUUUGUCAUGUAACGCAAACGUGUAUAAAAGGCCCAAAGCGCUAAGGCUGCUUUUUCCAACACUUGUUGGCUUUACAAGCUGGAGUCGAGCCAGGUCUGCUGUAACACAGGACCUACAGCAUUGCACGCCAGACUCCAUUUGGAUAUCUCACAAACUGACGCCGCUCCUCGGAUAACAAGCUAAAGCUUUUGCUGCAGUUCUUUCACAAGAUCAACCUUGGGAAUAUUUAGUGGCAACUUCUUUCGGUCCGUGUGCCAAGAUGGGAAACGGACUGUCGGAUCAUCGCUCCCUGCUCCCCUGCCUCCCCUGCUUUCAGGCUUUUCACAUUGUCAUUCUAGGACUGGACUGUGCCGGCAAGACCACUGUACUGUAUCGCCUGCGUUUCAAUGAGUUUGUGAACACUGUCCCGACCAAGGGAUUUAACACAGAGAAGAUCAAAGUGUCUCUUGGAGGCAGCCGUCGGACUGCAUCUUUCCACUUCUGGGAUGUAGGUGGCCAGGAGAAGCUGCGGCCUCUGUGGCGCUCGUAUACGCGCUGUGCUGAUGGCAUUGUGUUUGUGGUGGACUCGGUGGAUGCUGAGCGCAUCGAGGAAGCCAAGGCAGAGUUGCACAAAAUCACACGGCUGGCAGAGAACCAGGGUGUGCCGGUCCUUGUGGUGGCUAACAAACAGGACCUGCGGAAUUCUCUUAGUUUGGCUGAGAUGGAGAGCAUGUUGUCUCUAGGUGAGCUCAGCACUGCCACACCCUGGCACCUUCAGCCUGCUUGUGCCAUUAUCGGCGAGGGGCUGCAGGAGGGACUGGAGAAGCUCCAUGCCAUGAUCAUGAAGAGGAGAAAGGCGCUCCGGCAGCAAAAGAGGAAGAGAUGAUGUGUUAGUAGUGGAACUACAAAGUAUGAGCAGAAUCUAAAGCUGCACAAGUACUAUUGUGAGCUGAAUGCAACACAGUGAUACCCAUUCUGUCAGUUGCCCCCUUUUGGCUGGCUCUGUUCCUUCAACUGAAAUGGCUUAAAGUCAGCCAGUGCUCCCACUGAGGACAGUGCAAUGUAUUUUGAAUGCAAACAGUCAUUCUAAAGUUAGUACAGCAAUACGCCACGCCGAACUCUCAAAGAAGGACAAAAAGCUUUUGUCGUGUUUAUUUGUUGAAACAUACGCUGUACCAACUCAAAAACAAUCAAAUAAGUCUUUUCAUGUAUAUUCCACCAAAGCUCUAAAAGUUAACAUGAAGUUGAUAAUGACUCACUAAGUAAAGAAUCACUAGUGACUCCUAGAAACAGCGUCACGUGUCAAAGUCGCUACAGUUGAAUAGAAGCUAUUUUUCAAGGGUGCGCCUGUGUUCCUGCUGACAUGUCUCGAUGACAUGACAAGCCAAGAGUACAGUUACACUACAUGAUUUUCAAUCUUCUGGUUACUGUUUAAACAUAACAGUAACCAGUUUCUUCACUUGACAGUAGUGUCAAAAGACCAAAACAUGACUCACAUGAGUUGUUUUCUUUCUUUCUGAGGCUGCUAGGCUUCCUUGCUUUUAAUAGUUCAAUCAACUACACCAAAAAAGUGCUUUAUAUACUCUCUGAUAUUAGUUUAUAUCAUAAAAUGUAGUCAAUAAUUGACGAUAGCUUCAGUGCUCAAAUAUUUAAAGCUAACAACUAUAACUACUGUCAUAAAAAACAUUUUGGAGCUUCGAAAACCACAGUGAGAAGUCAGAGUCACACUUGGAGUAAGAUGACAAUCAAUCAGCAUUAUACUUUUUGAUAUGCAAGUGUCAUCUGCAUUGCUGCUAAGAUGUUAGUUUUCAGGUCACCAUCCACAUUUCUUCAUUUAUUAAGUUGUUCAGGGUCAUGUCUCCUUUGUUGCAGAACAUAGACUGGACCCACAUGCUUUACUUGCACUGUUGUAACGUCUAAGCCUGUCCUGUGAUUCCUGUGCCACUGUCAGUGCUGCUAACAUUAGAUAAAAACUGUGAUGUUAGACGUCAUCUGAGAAUUUAUUUUCAUGUUCAGUGAGUAGUGAUUGUUUUUUUUUUUUGUUACUUCCUUUCAUGUUUGGAAUUUUUGUUGUAAGGCAUUAAUAAUAAAUUUUUAAAAAGUAAUGCUC